CCCCUUCUUCCCUCCUCAUCGGUUCGAGUUCUCUCUGGUAGAGCAUCCUCUCGCUUCACUCUCUCAGUGUCAGUGACACGUUCACUCCUUCCAGUCGCUCUUUCAGCUUCGUUUAGCGAAUUGACUUCGCUCUCUCUCUCACUCUCACUUUUGCUCUCUACCAUCGGACAAUUAAGCCGCUUUCUAGCAGAAGACAAUGCGUUUUGUCCCCAACCUCUCAGUCGCCCUUCUGGGGGCCCUGGCCGUUGCCAGCGAGGCUGCCCACGGCCACCGGGCUCAUGACAACCUCCUUCACCGUAGGGCUGUCAGGCCUCCCAGCGGUGGCAGUGAGACAACUACAACGCCGGCUACAACAGACUAUGUGACCGUCUACCCGACCCCGGCCUCUGAGGCUUCAUCUGAGACGGCGUCUGUGCCAGAGGCUGAGGUGUCUUCAGCCUCUGACGAGACUCCCGUGCCCUCUGCUCCUGCUGAGACGCCCGUGGUCUCCGUGCCCGGCACCUCGUCUGUGGCCACCUCGGUCCCUGGAGAGACUUCUGCUGUUCCAGUCCCCGAGUCUCCUGCGCCUGGAACUCCGCCUGCUAGUACUCCUGUUGUUCCUGAGCAGACUUCUGCUGUUCCUGUUCCCCAGUCUCCUUCUGCGCCCGUUGUCCCUGCGCCCGAGACUCCCUCUACACCUGUUUCCGUGCCCAGCGCUGGCUUCACUCCUCGGCCUAGCAGCAGCAUUCCUUUGAUCCGCCCCAGCUCUAGCAGUGCCGUUGUGACCCCGUCUCCUACUCCGACUCCUGCUCCUGCUGAAGAGUGUGUGACUCUCACUUACACCUUGACGGGGAGCACGACCAUCAGUGUUGUCACGACCACCGUCACUCGGCCAGUGGCUACUCCUGCUCCUACCGACGACUGCGUCACUAUUACUUACACUUUGACCGGCAGCACUAUUACAAGUGUUGUGACCACCACCAUUGACCGUCCGGCUACGGCUACCAGCACUGCCUACGUGACCGGUGCUCCUACUACCGAAACUGUGACCGUCACCUACACUGAGAAUGGCGGUACCUCUACUACUGUUGUCACGGCCACUGCCCAGCCCCCGGCGACUACUAGUGCUGCCACCGAAGUUAUUACUGUCACUGUUACCGAGAACGGUGCCACGUCGACGAGUGUUGUCACCGCCACUGGCACUGGCACUAUCCAGACCCCCACGGCUACUGGCGCUGCCUCUGAGUAUGAGACUAUCACCUACACUGCGACUGAGGGUACUGUGACCAGUGUCGUUACAACCACCGUCCACAAGACCUCUACUCGCACCCAGACUGUCUACGCAACUCCCACUGGCGCAGACGCCGUUGGCUCUGGAGCUGACACAACCCUCACCUCCACCACCACUGAGAUCUACACUGUCACUCCUGUCGCCUCUGAAACCGCUGGUUCUGGCUCUGGUUCUGGCUCCAGCUCCGGCUCUGGCUCGGGCUCGGGCUCUGGAGACUCUGGCUCUGAGAGCUGCGUUCCAGAAACCGUUACGGUCACUGAGUCCUUCACUGUCACUGUGACUGCGAACCCUACUGCGGCCGCCACCUACACAUCGCCCGACACCAACGUGCACGUCUCCACUAUCUCAAGCACAAGCCCUGAGCAAACUGCUCAACCUGGCUCCGGCUCCAGUGGAUCUGGCGAAGACGACGACGAGUACGACGACGAGGACGAUGAGGACUGUGACGGGUACGACGAUGAGGACGAGGAUGAUGGUUUCACUUCCCACACUCCUUCUUCCUCCCCUACUCCCUUCCCACACCGUCCUAUCAACGGCACUAUUCCCACCCCCAGCCCGAAGCCCUCUGGUUUCGUGACCGCCAGCCGCCCUUACCCUACGCACUGGCGCCGCCGUAACCUUUGAACGCUAGGGCUCAGCCAACAGGAGUAGUCUGGAUUACGUAUUCAGGGAAUACAGGUCCAGUUGCUCCGGUCCAUCUCUUGACGGUAUUCAGCAUCAUUUAGAUUUGUUUCCUUUCGCCAUAUAUUCUUUGAAGUUACCUUCUCUUCUUCUCGUAGAAUCUCAGAUUCUGCG